AUGCCGCAGAAAGACCUCAAGCCCAUCCAGACCUUCUACUGCGCCUACCUCCUCCGCUCCACCGUCUCCCCAAAAACCCUCUACAUCGGCUCGACACCACACCCCCGCCGCCGCCUCGCCCAACACAACGGUGAGCAGCGCGGCGGCGCCAAGCGCACCAGCCGCAGAAGAUACCAACCCUGGGAGAUGGUGUGCAUCGUCGCCGGCUUCCCAUCCAGUCUCGCCGCACUCCAAUUCGAAUGGGCCUGGCAGCACCCGCACAUCAGCACCAAGAUCCCCACCCCCCUACGCCUCGCCGCCAUCCGCCGCCCCACCCGCAGCGGCCGCACAAAACUCUACGCCCCACCAGCCUCACCUCACGCCUCCAAGGCCUGCACCUCCUCCUCCGCCUGGGAGCUGUGGUGCUCUCGCGAGAGCACACCGCUGCGGCGGGGCCUUGCCGUCGCGCUGGACGAGCGCGUGCGCGAGGGAGACGGGCCCGUGAAGCGGCUAUGGAGUGCGAGUGGUGUGGGGGGCCUGCAGGGGCUGGAUUUCGAGGGGGGGUUGGGGGCGCAUUUGGAUAAGGCGCGGGAGGUGCUGGGGGGUAAGGCGGUGGUGGUGUGUGCGGUGUGUAAGGGGGAGGCGAGGCAGGAGACGGCGGUGGUGUGCCCGCAUGGGGAGUGCGCGCAUGUGGCGCAUGUGGGGUGUCUUGCGGGGUAUUUUUGGACGGCGAGGUGGGGCGGAGUGAAGGAGCUCAGCGUGCGGACACGGACAAAGGCGAAGCCGAAGAAAAAGAAAAAGGGCGCCGCAGAAGAGGACCAAGAAGAAGAAGAGGAGGAGGAGGAGGAGCAAGACCUCAUAGACGAGGAAAUGGCUGACCUCGACACCGACACAGACUCCGUCGUGAGCGACGAUCCAGAGCCAGCAGCGAAAAAGAAAAAGAAGCAGUCAAAGCGAAUCACCAAAAAGCCCGCCAAACCACCGCGGAUGCGGCGGCUCCCCAGUGUAAUCGAAGACAGCGACGGUGACCCCGGCAGCGACCUCGCCAUCAGCGAGGCCGAGAGCGAAAAGGCCGAGAGCGAAAAGGCCAGCAAGGGGCGCAAAACCGCGCGCACUACUAAAAAGGCAACAGCAGCAGAGAGAAGUGGUGUAGCGGAAGGGACCAAGCAGAAGCGGACGACGAAGAAGAAGACGCUUCAAGCUGUGGCUGAAGAAGAGGUGGUGAAGGAGGUGAAGAUAAAGAUAGAGGAGGAUGAGGAGGAGAGUAGGCCAGUUAAGAAGGCUAGAGGGCGGCCAAAGAAGGUCGCCGACCCCGAGUCCGAGACUGAGGCUGUAGUUCUAGCCGUCAAGGACGUGGCAGUAGUCAAGAAGCCCCGAGGGCGGUCGAAGAAAGCCACUGACCCCGAGCCUGGGCCUGAGCCUGAGCCUGUAGAGGAAAUGGCAGCUCUCAAGAAGCCCCGAGGGCGGCCACGAAAGGGUGAGCAACCACCCGACGGGCAGGGUGCGGCGAAGCCCAAGAGGGCGAGGAAGUCGAAAGCUGAGUUGGUCGUGCCAGAGAGUGACUGGGAGGGCGUAGAGAUUGUGUAG